AUGGCGCAGAGUAAAGUCAUUCAAGUCGUGGAAGCCUUGACACACUUGGAGACUUUUGAAAACCAGCAUUACGUUGACACCCUCAAGUCUCAUCUGCAAUUUGAUGACUUUGGUGCGCUGAAUGGGGCACCCUCCGAGAUUUACCGUGAGACGCCGAUCGAUAACGCGUUAGACCUACUCAAGACCCAGACCCUGGUACUGGGACUAUCUCGCUCUUCGAGCUAUGGAUUUAAUGCGACCGUGAACGCGAGUGGGAUUGAUACAAAGGUGGACAGAACUGCGUCGAAUAUCAUGCAUAUCAUGUAUCGGAACUUCCUCGAGGAAGCCGUCCACCGGUACGCCGGGGAAAGGUUCGACCUUCUGGAAUUGCAAAAGGAUAUACACUUUUGCACGGCAUUUGUAGAUCACGUUCUGGACCCUGAGUUCAUCAAUAAUACCCUUAUUGCAAUUUACGCUAGGGGCAAGUGGGCUUACCCGCAGGCAAUUGCAUAUAUUUAUGAACGGGCCAGAGAGACUCUCCUUGCCACAUCAUCCCAUAGCGAGAUAGGUAAGAGGUCAAUGCAGAUGCACUGGUCGCCCCAUGCGGAGAAGCACCAGGCCUUGCUGGAAAAGGAUCUCGUCAGAUCUUUUCUCGAUGCCUCGCUGCCAGUUCACUGGUCAGACGAGAGCCUGCUCCAGGGCCCAUCGUUUCCAAGUCUCGGAAAAGUCUUUUCACUCACGUGGCGCACUGAUCCACAAUGGACUUCUCUGGUGGAACGAUUAGCAAGUACAGUGAAACACCUCCCAGAUAUUUACUCGCCGGGGAUGGGCAGAUUACCUCCUAGAACAAUUCCCGGACAGAUUGUGUAUGGAGACCAGCUUCACGGUUGGAUUAGGUCCAAAGAGGCCCAACAUCCAGAUAUGUUCACCGGAAGAGAACCUACAAAUGUUCGCAAUGGCGAUGGAAUGCCCAUGGCGUGUUUUGUUGCUGGGACGAAAAUUCAGACAAAUCGGGGUGAGGUGGAUAUUGAAGUUGUGCAGGCCGGAACGAAGGUCCUGACCAAGGCUCCGGGCGAAUACGGCGUGGUAUCCGAUGAGAAGGUCUAUCAACCAACGUUCAAUGGUGAACAUCCCUCUGCUCCUAAGGCCACAGUGUAUGGCUUCAACGGCGAACAGCCCUUCGUCACUGCUGGCCAUGUUUUCUUCACCACAACCGGACCCAAGGCUAUUGAUCCCGUUGUUGCCAAAAUUGAGAAUCCUUCAAUUGUUGUGUCCCAGCUAGGAGUUGGAGACGUGCUGCAACGUCUUGAUCAUAAUGCACACACAUAUACCAAGACCGUGAUCCAGUCGUUUACCGUUGCCACGGCUCCAGGAGAUUGGGUGUAUGGCUUGCACCUGCGCCAGGGUCAUGCAGGAGCGAGAUAUCAUGCAAAUGGAUACCUGGUGGCGGCCAAUUACCCAGAGGUGACCAUCAAGCGGAUUUCUGACCGGUUGGCUGAUAUGCCAAUCAGACAGCAGAAAGGCGUUAUUGAGUCUGUCAAAUCGUUACCCGAAAACAUAUCCCAGCUCUUCGGUCCCAUCUUCAACACGUUCCAAACGUCACUGACCCGCGACCACACCACCCCAUUUGCGGAUCUUGAGGUUGCUCAUCAGCAGUCGCAGAAAAGGAUUAGAGAAGGGCGUGUCGCAGCCCAUUCCACGAGUGCUGAGUUUAUUCUAUUCCGUCAUGAUGAAGUGAUAGAUACUAAACUCUUGAGCUCGUUCUCAACGCAAGGGACAUCGCAUGUUUAUAAAGUGAUCAUCGAUAACGGCGCGGUGAUGGUUGAUUCUCAGUUAAUUCAAUAUGCCGAUGUCUCCCAUGAACAUAUCAAAUGGAGUCGAGAACUUCCUGACUCCCCGAGGAUGUGGGAACAUUGCUCACUGAAAGUCUCUUCCGACAGCCUUGUGGUCACAGGUUCGAUUACAUACCAGCUCGAGGGGAGCUCAGAACCCUCAGAACACUCAGCGACCCCUGAUACCAAACUUUCAAUGAAAGACACCGUCCAGGUUGUAGGCAUGCAGAAUGUCAAUACCUACAAAGUACUCGCCAGUGAGAAGACAUUCUCAGACGAGGGCGAAGCAAACCAUGCUGUUCCCGCGGCCGGAGAGAAAUGGAACCCUUUCUGGACUAUCCAGACUGGACUCGAAAAGCAGGGCCAAGGUGCAUUUAUUCCAGUUGUCGCUAUUCCAGCACUGGACGACGAGUUUGGCACGGGGGAGGACUCAAUCUAUGAGUCAACCCUGGCCAUCAAUCUCGAGAAUAUCCUGACUAUCGACGUUAGCAUUGACGCUCAUGGCCAGGAUGAUUUACGCACGUUCUUGGAUGGCUGGACCGAAGGCAAAGGCCCCAAGCCACCAGUAUUUGCCUCAUUCAACGCCGGCAUUAACCUGGCAACCGGUGAAAUGCACGGAUAUUACUACGAGCCUUCAUCAGACGCGACCGUGCGCGGUGCCCUGCACGCCCUUUAUACAGCACACGCAGAGAACCACCAUGUCAUGAAACAAGCCGUGAUCGACGCCGUCAACAUUUCUCCUUUCGCUGCCAUGAAUCUCGCCCUGACCUGCGACCUGUACACCCCGUCUGCCAAUAUCCACUCCCGACCACUUCCGGUGGCGGACUUGGUGUUGUCCACGACUGAAGCCAAACGCUCCGUGACUGAGCUUCAGCUCCUCGAAGCACCAGAGCCGAUGACUCUGAACAACAUCAGCCAGAACUACGUGAUGGCUGCCGCAGGUCUGUGGAAAGGCGCCAAAGAAAAAGAGGUGUUCGGAGAUGGCUCACUGGCGAAUUCUGAUAUCGUACCCUCCGUGCUGAAGAGUCAGCUCUCGACCAAGAACAAGGAGUUUCUAGAGACAUACUCUCGUGCGCUGUAUCUGUACAGUUUGUCCGGUAAUGAUCACUACGGCAAGAAUUUCAGUGAGAGUGAAAGAAAGAAGUUGACGUAUUGGUGGAAGGGAAAGGCCGAAUCAUGUCUCGCCCACAAACAGGAAUUUGGACACAUCACUACUCUCGCGACCGGUGCUGCUUUCAAAGACCUGGUCACUCGCAACGGCGUCGACCUGGAGGCGUAUGUGAACGAUGAUCGUGACUGGGCCAAGGAGUUUUUCGAGUCCGUCACGACCGAUGCAAUGUUGAAUAACCUGAUCAUGUCUCUCAUCAAUGGCCGGAACCUGGUCAACAAGCACUGCAUGGUGCUGGAGGCAAUCGACAAGGACAACCGCCGAUAUGACCUUCAACUGUGGAAGCUCAUACGAGACAAAAGCACGGCUAUGCUCGGCUACGAGGGUAGACCUAUUGAUGAGAAUGAAUGGCCUGAAUUUGCCACGAAGUUCAUGGAGGAGCUGAUCCUACAAGUACUGUCAUGCGACAGCAAAAUUACCAGCAGUUUGAAGAAGCAACUUCUCCUGGAUAUCGAAGAGCUGCUAUCGGAGUAUGGUACGAGGAAUGCAAAGGAGGCAGCAGAACGCACUUUUGGGCUGAAGACCCUGCAGGGACGGCUGAUUGCGGAGGUCAUUCGUGAGCUCGGCGGACUGAUAGGGAAAGGAGGGGUGUCAUUUAUGCCGAAAAUCGCAACAAAGAUCAAGGAGAAGUACGACAAGCUUAAUCAGAAAUACCCGCGGACUAUGGGUAGUGUUCUUGGCAUAAUUAGCAUUGUCGGCCAAGGGUUCCAGAUUUACAAUGCAGCCAAGUUUUUGUACAAAUGGGACAACCUUUCCGAUAUCGCCAAAGCCGAAGCCAUUAUCCAAAUUGUGGAAAGCGUUACGAGGAUGAUCGCGGACGCCGCAGAUCUAUUGUUGCUGUUCAAAGAACAUCCCACCGAUCCGAAGGAGAUUAGCAAAGGCACCAGAAGAUUCAAUCGACGACUGGGCGGUUCCAAACCCCGAGUCAAGGUCCAGGUCGAGGAGAUUGAAAUGGAGGUUUUCAAGGACCAUUCCCUGGCUCAUGUUAAUCCCGAGGCUGAGGGACGCCCUCUGGAAGUCCAGAUGGGCGAGGUGGUUGCAGAUCCCGCCAUCGAGGAGAAGGUCAUGCGCAGAUUCAAGCUCAGUGCGAAAGUCGGGCGUAUGGCCGUACAGGCCGUGGUGAUUGUCGCCAAUGCCGCCGUGGCGGCGGGCCUGGGAAUUCAGAUUGCGACUGAGUGGAAGUACGAGAAGAAUGUUGGUAUCUUGGCAUUGGAUAUCCUUACCCUGGCCACAACGGCAGCCCAAACACUGGUUGAAAUCACCGAGUUGGUAUUGGUCGGGAUGGAAGUAGAAGUGAUGGCAAUUCCCAUUGCCGGGGCAGUGUUGGCAGCCGUUGGGAUUAUCCUAACGAUCGUCUCGGAGGUCCUCGAGUCCAAACGAACUCCUCCCCCGGAUGAGGCAACCAAGUAUAUCCAAGAGAUGGCUCCCAAAUUCACCAAAGAUUUGCCCGAACCCCCCACGCCUCUUCUGAGUUACGAUGUCACUUCAACCAUCCCGGUUAAUUCCAAAGAGGCCAAGGUCGACAUCAAGGUAUCUGACAAAUCUGGCAAGAAUCUCAAAGUCAAACUGCUCAGCAUCGAGUUCAAUCUGGGUGAUACUAAAGGCGACCUGUUCAAAGCGCCUACAGUGGAAAAGGGCAAGAUCACUGGAAAUGGUAUCGUGCGAGCUAUCUCUAACACAAAGCGAUUCAAAUUGACUGGCUCGGGCAUUCCAAAUUCUACAAAUGGCACUGUUAAGUUCCAGGCUAUCUGCACCGAAGAGAAAAUUCAACCUCUUGGAGAGACACUCACGAUUUCCUUCACGGGCCUCACCAACGCGACUGCUGGCGAUACUAAAGUUAUUAUCAAUGAGGUCCUAGUGGAGCGGGAAGAUAAGGCUCCUUCUACUGAUAUCGAGCAAGUCUGUACAGUAACCAAGAAGUGA